AUGGUUUGCAAUGGGACACAUCACCCCUUUCCUCCAAACCUCUCUAACAAGCUCGCUGCCAGAGGCCAUAGGAUCUCUUUCUUAGUGCCCAAAAAAGCUCAACUUGAGCUUCAACAUCUCAAUCUCCACCCAAAUCUCAUCACCUUCCAUACAAUCACCUUUCCUCACAUUGAAGGCCUCCCUGACGGCACUGAGAUUGCCUCCGAUAUCCCAACAUCCAUCUCUCUAUUGCCAUGGUCAACAAAAUCAAAGGAGAGCUUGAGCAAAGCCAUUACAACUGUUAUGGAUAAAGACAAUGAGGUGGCUGUUAUAGUGAAGAAGAACCAUGCAGAGUGGAGGAAAAUCCUAUCUGACCCAGGGCUUAAGAGUGGCUAUGUUGAUAAGCUUGUCUAG